AUAUCAGUUCAGUUCGUACCAUGUUAUGCAAACAGACAGUAAUAUAUGGAGUCCUAGAAGGGAACUUCAAAAUGAGUACUAUAUAAAUAGACCCAUAAAAUACAUUUCCAUAUCAGUUCAGUUCGUACCAUGUUAUGCAAACAGACAGUAAUAUAUGGAGUCCUAGAAGGGAACUUCAAAAUGAGUACUAUAUAAAUAGACCCAUAAAAUACAUUUCCAUAUCAGUUCAGUUCGUACCAUGUUAUGCAAACAGACAGUAAUAUAUGGAGUCCUAGAAGGGAACUUCAGAAUGAGUACUAUAUAAAUAGACCCACAAAAUACAUUUCCAUAUCAGUUCAGUUCGUAUCUGAAGGCUGACUUCGAUUUUUCCUAUCAUAAGAUGAUUAAUCACUCAUUCUGGUUGCCCUUCUGCUCUACUUAUGUUGGAUCAUGUUCUGCAAACAGAAAUUAAUAUAUGGAGUCCUAGAAGGGAACUUGAGAAUGAAUACUAUAUAAAUGGACAGAAAAUACAUCUUCCAUAUCAGUUCAAUGCUUAAUUGAAGGUUGAAUCCAAUUUUGCUUAUCAUAAGAUAGUUAAUUACUCAUUCCAGUUGCCCUUCUGUUUUACUGCAGUUGUUACCGUGUUUCAUAACCAUAAAAUACUAUAUGGAGCCAUAUAGUGAGAUGAUUAUGUGGAAGUUAGUUCUGAUUCUGCCUAACAGUGAGAUGAUCAGUAACUUAUUCUAGUUGCCUUAGUUAUGCAAUCUGAUUCUUAAUAUGCAUGUCGUGACCUUACUGUUUGAGAAAGUAAUAUUUCUUGAUCAUGGACUCAUUCAAGUUGCCUUAUUAUUUCUAUGAUCAUCGACUUAUUCGAGUUGCCUUUUGCUCCCUUUGAAAUCUGCAAUCACGAAUUCAUUCUGCAAGCAGAAAGUCCUGUCUGGAAUCAGUCUUUGGUGAGACUUUAAGAAUGAAUACCAAGUUUUUUAAUGGUAAACCUAAAACUAUACGUUGUACAUGAUCAGCAAGUUUCAUCCAGUUUUGCCUAAUUAUUGAGGUAUCGUGUACUCUUCAUGUUGGUGCUACACAAUAAUCCAUUUGCCAUUCUGCUCCAUGUAAGAUACCUCAAUUGCGCCAUUAUUCGUGAACUGGAAAUCUUGAAGAGUCCUCAAAAGGAACUCAAGAAUGAUAACCUGAGCGUCGAUGUCUAGUUACAAAAUUCAAGGAUUACAUGAUAUUGCAUGUUUAAUGUUUCAAUUACGGCUGUAGUGGACUAUGACACCACUGCUGAGGUGUAUUUGCUUGUUCUAUGAUGCUAAUCUUGCUUGUUAAAUGGUUGUCAUUGCAUUCUCUGUCUCUGUCCUGUCGGGAUGAUCACACUGGGGAGCUUUUUGGGUGUCACUAAACUGUGUUAGCUCAAUUUGUCUUUUGAUUUCCUAGAAAGGUGUUGCCGUGAAUAGGGGUGAAAGUGGUUCCGAGGAGGACGGACUAAAAGUAAUAUGAUGAUCCAAGUCUGUUGUCCUGGGUUAUAUUUCCACGGUGAGAUCUUUUAAGGGUGCAGCUAUUGCUGUUGUCCGCAAGCAUUUCGAAUUCCUACUUACAAUCCAAAACAAUUUUACAUGUUUGAUUCUGGAAUCUUGUUAGAACUUGGUUUAUCUGAAGAUUGAAUAUUGGCAUGUCCCUUAUAUAGGAUUUGAAUGCACAACUAUCCCAUGCGUGACAAAGACAACGAACAUGUGAGAGCAGGGAAGCUUCCAGUUGCUAUGAAUUUUUCACCAUAUGCCCAUUUGGACUAGCCUUCUGCAAAUAUGAUGAACGAUAAAACGGCAUGGAGUUACUUCAGCAUCAAGUCCAUAGGUGUGUAAUUUUAGUCCCAGACUGUUUGUUCGGACAUCAUUUUUUGUUUGACAACGAUUUUGAUCACUUAUUUGUGUCCGCUUCUGCCUUAUUGUUGAGGUGACCUUUGAUCAUUCUACUUGCCCUUCUGCUUUUCUCGAAGCAUAUAGUUGGUGUUGGAAAUCCACAUAAUGAGAGUAUCUUAAUAGAGUCAUAGAAAGAACAUGGAAAAUGAGUGCUCCAUGAUAGAUAGAUCAACAUAAUAUCAUGUCCAUCUCACAGCUCAAUGCUUAUGUGAAAUUGGAUCUGGUGUGAUUUUACUCAUUCGAGUUGCACUUCUGCUCCAUUUCCGAUUCACCAGUUGUGACAGUGUUUCCUAAUCUGAAAGUUCUUAUGGAGUCUUAGAAGAGAAUACGACAUCAUAGGACCAAGAAAUUGCAUUGUUUAUGGUCAGAUGAAUGAUUAUCUGAAAGUUGAGUUUGAGUACAAUGUUGCCAUGUAAAUAAGUGAUCAGUAACUCAGUCCAGUUGCCCUCCUGCUCCACCUGACCAUGUUUCGUAAAUCAGAAAGUACAAUAUUUGGAUCCCUGGACUGGAAGGGAACUUAGAGUUGGAGAAUGAAUAGUGUGAUGCUGGUGCUUUGUUGCUUGUUCUUGAAGAAGAGAUGCUCCCAGCUUUUCACUUUGUCCUUUUGGGCUUUUGGCGUCAUCGUCCUUCAAUUAUUGGUCUUAGAAUAAUGAAAUCCGCCAACCCAAACGGGAAAUUUACUCCACUCCCUCUCUCACUCUCUAAAGUCCACCCUUGCUGCUGCUGCUUCCCUUUUUUUCUCCUCUGUCACUUUUCUUCACUGUGCCUGAGAUCAAUGGAGCACCCACCGCCGUCCAUCUUCAUCUCUCCAGAUCCUCCACCUUUCCCCGAUUCGGCUUCGGCUUCGGCCUCGGCCGCGGUCUCCCCCAGCCACAGGAGCGUAGACAUGGCCCCUCUUGAGUUCGUCCUCGCCUUAAUCGCCAUCAUCACCAUCCCUGCCCUCAUCUACACUUUCUUCUACUCCAUCAAGUGCCCACCCUCCGCCUUCCGCACCCGAUCCCACCGCCGCCGCGGCGACUCAACCUCCUCCGACGCCGACACCGACGAUGCACCCCAUCCCGCGGCGCGGCCUCUGCCGGAGAAAAUCCGCGAUGCCGCCGUCAAGUACAGGAAGGAAAGCCACGCCAAGGAGAUUGGGAGUGAGUGUCCCGUGUGCUUGUCGGUUUUUGCCGACGGGGAGUCGGUGAAGCAGCUGAGCGUCUGUAAGCACUCAUUUCACUCGCCCUGUAUCGACUUGUGGCUCAAUUCGCAUGCCAAUUGUCCCGUCUGUCGAGCCUCCGUCGCCGUCAAGAUUCCUCCUCCUGCGGCGGCGGCGGCGGAGAGCUCUGGAGGGAGGCGGCAGGGAAGGGGUGAUCAGGAUCUGCAUCAGGGGCUUCCCGAUGCUGGUAGCUUGGUUUGAUUCAUCGGAUCCAGCAUAAACCCAGUUGGAGGUUAUAGAUAGAUUCCCAUGUCAGUUUCUUGCUGAUCCUGGAAGUUGGGUCCGUUUUUGGCUUAUAACAAGUAGAUAGAUCAGUUUUACUUAUUCCAGUUGCCAUUCAAGAUUCCCAGCUCGUUGAGGAUUCUGAAGUGGAGAAUGGUUACUGCAGGAUUGGUAUCUUAUGUCGCAGUCAACUGACCCUCAAGAUUCUAUUCUGGUUCUACUUACAGGUCCCGAUCUCACUUUAUUCAUCUGAUCAGAAAGCUAAAAGUUGUUGUCAGAAGUUGCUAUUGAGGUUGACCCUGAACUCAAACGUUCAAUAUGGAGGUGUCUAAACAGAGAUGCGGUAAUGUUAUUGGCUCAGUUGUUUUUUGUUCGGAAGAUGUUCUGGACUUGUGGUUUCUCUAGAGUGUUAUAAGAAGCUAGGUUAGCAUUCUACAUUGUCUAGUUGAAGUCGUGUAGCUUGAUGAUGGAACACCUUGAAGGUGCAACCUCAUGUCUCUCGUUGCUGCCAGCUGCUAAGGUUGAUUAAUGCAUUUGAGGUUCUUCGAGGCUUUCUGGAUAGCCUUCUUGACUAUCAUUCUGUUGGCUGUGUAUUGCUUCGCAUUGUUAUGAUCCAGGUUGUGUCUUCCUUGGAGGAUUUAUUGAAGUUGGCAUGUGGAUUCCUUAAUCAUAGAUGAGGACUCUUCUGUGGUGUUGCCCAAGUCGAGGAACCUUUAAUAUCCAUCCGGCAUCUGGUUCAGCAACUUAUUUUUAUCCUGGACAAAGGCAUGUUGGUUAAGUUGCAGCCAGCAACUUCUUCUCCAUGCUGUCUUGUUAAGUGGCAGUACCAGCAAUUUCCCAUCACUUUCCAUUGGUUUAAGCUAGGAAGAUGCCAGCUAAUUGUGUGUUGCCCAAUCUGUUCAAGUUAUUUGCAACUUUUUGUGAUUAGAUUGGUAUGGCCUCGAGGGCUAACUGUUGGAUUUAACUUGGGAAGAUGUGGCGGCCAUUUAGAGGUUAUGGUAAAGCUAUAUGGAAAGUUUUGGGACUCUUUGUACUCGGAGCAAGAAACUGUGAUGGCCUAUCCUUUGACAUGGACUGGACUAUAUGCAAGAGCAGGUUGUUUGACAUUAUCUACAAGCAUCGAGUCAGGUAGCACAUGGAGUAAUUUUUCUGCUGUUGCUGCAACAGGUACAAUACUCCAGUUACUUAGUUUCCUACCAAAACUGUUAACCGGAGCAAGAACAUGUCAUCUUUAUUUGGGAGGAACUGUGAUUGAAUGGUUUUGGAUUAAUAUGCAUAUCUUCUGUUAAGUACUGCUGCCUACUUUUAUCGAAUAUAUAACUCCGAUUGAGUCAUAGAAACACACAAAUGCAUAGUUCCUGUGAAUUGUGUUUAAAUGGUCUUGGAUUAUCUAUAAAUAGCUUCUGUACUCACCUUCCUAAAUUUGGUGGUGGAAGCUAGAACCUGUCUUUUCUUUGGGUGAUGGUCUUGGAUUACCUAUGCAUUGUUGCGUUGGAAAUGCAUAAAGUGUGGAGGGCAAUAGAUACAGAAAAAAUCUUGUUGUAUUCAAAAUAUCGAUGUUCGGAAUGUGGAAAUGUGCAGGUCUGCAGAAAAAAACCAGCAAGGGAAGUGCAUUUGGUUGUGCACUGUACUAUGGUGUAGACUCUUAAUUUGAUGCGGUAUGCCGAAAAGCCUACGUGUAUAAUGAGACAGCUUGGAGGAACCAGCAACAAAACAUCUAAUGGCAAAGGCUAUAUUGAAGGAUCAUGCCUCCUUUUGGCUUCACACUCGGUUAUAGUUUUAGGCAAAAUACACUUGUAUAGCCAUAAGUUUCACGAUUUUGACAAAUAUAGCCAGAACUAUUCGAAAACCCAAAAUAGCCAAUUCCGUCCAUCAUUUUAACGGUGUUACUUAACCAUCUGACUAGACUGACGGAAAUGCUGACCUGGCGACAUUUCGUCAGUUAAAGUCCAUGUGGGUUAAAAAAAAGCAAAAAAAACUCAAACAAUCAAAAUGCUCAUUUAGGUUCUUGGAGACCCCAAAUUCGGGGCCAAUUCUUCAUCUCCUCACCAGUCGCCGCCGAAAUUGGAAACGAAUCGGAAGCAGCGGUAAGCACAAAGAAGGAUAAACUAAUCGAAAGCCA